AUGGACGGCAGUAUGUGGGACACUCAGCAUCAUGUCCACCCCGGUCUCCCCUCCCCCUCCCUUUCCCUGGUGACACUGGCCUCCCCGACAUCGGCAGCCUCCCCCGGUGCCUCCCCGCUGCCCUCGCCCCUCUCCCCUCCAGCCAGGGUGCCUGUGUUCCAGAGGAAGGGAGCGCUCAAACACAAGAGGAUUGUGGAGGUGAAAGACCACCAGUUCACAGCCCGCUUCUUCAAACAGCCCACCUUCUGCAGCCACUGCACCGACUUCAUCUGGGGCAUCGGCAAACAGGGAUUCCAAUGUCAAGUUUGCAGUUUCGUGGUUCACAAAAGAUGCCACGAGUUUGUGACCUUCACUUGUCCCGGAUCUGUGGCGGGCCCCAAGCCAGAUGACCUGAAGACUCAACACAUGUUUAAGGCCCACACUUACUCCAGUCCCACCUUCUGCGACCACUGUGGCUCGCUGCUGUACGGACUCAUUCACCAGGGCAUGAAAUGUGGCUGUUGUGACAUGAACGUCCAUCGACGGUGUGAAACCAGUGUUCCCAGUCUCUGUGGCCAAGACCACACAGAGAAGAGAGGGAGAAUCCACCUGACCAUCAGAGGAGAGAAGGAGGAUGUCUUUGUAACAGUGCGGGAGGCUCGUAACCUGAUGCCCAUGGAUCCAAACGGCCUGUCAGACCCGUAUGUCAAACUGAAAUUGAUUCCAGACCCAAAGAGCCACAGCAAACAGAAGACCAAGACCAUCCGCUCAACACUCAAUCCCGUCUGGAAUGAGAGUUUCACCUUCUCAGUGCGCGGUCACCAGUGGGACAGGCGUCUGUCUGUGGAGGUUUGGGACUGGGACCGCACAUCUAGGAACGAUUUCAUGGGAGCGUUGUCAUUCGGAGUGAGUGAGAUCUUCAGGCGUCCAAUCAGCGGCUGGUUCAAACUGCUGGCCCAAGAUGAGGGAGAGUACUACAACAUCCCCGUGCCAGACCCAGACCUGCAGGAGCCUCUGCCAGACGGCACAAUACCAUCUCUGCCUCCGGCGCUACCUGCUGCGCUGUCUGAACCGUUCCCAGUGGUUCUGUCCCCGACCCCUCUACCAUCCUGCCCACCAGUCCACACCCCCGGCCCUGCCAAAGUCAUAGUGGGCAUCCUCGACUUCAACUUCCUCAUGGUGCUGGGAAAAGGCAGCUUCGGCAAGGUGCUGCUGGCAGAGGAGCGAGGCAGCGAGCGUCUGUUCGCCGUCAAAGUGUUGAAGAAAGACGUUCUCUUCCAGGACGAGGACACGGAGAGCGCUCUGGUGGAGAGGAGGGUUCUGGCGCUUUCCUCUCGCCCUCACUUCCUCACAUCUCUCUACUGCGCCUUCCAGACUGAGGACCGUCUGUAUUAUGUGAUGGAAUACGUGAACGGAGGAGACCUGAUGUUUCACAUUCAGAUUGUCGGCAAGUUCAAAGAGCCUCACGCAGCGUUCUAUGCAGCGGAGAUAGCUGUCGGCCUUUUCUUCCUCCACAGCAACGGCAUCAUCUACAGGGAUCUAAAGCUGGAUAAUGUGCUGCUUGACAGCGAGGGCCACAUAAAGAUAGCUGACUUCGGGAUGUGCAGGGAGGGCAUGUUGGAGGGCGACACCACGCGCACCUUCUGUGGAACCCCUGACUACAUCGCCCCCGAGAUUGUGGCAUAUCAGCCCUAUGAUAAAGCAGUAGACUGGUGGUCCUAUGGAGUACUGCUGUAUGAAAUGCUGGCAGGACAGCCACCAUUUGAUGGUAUUGACGAGGAGGAGCUGUUUCAGUCCAUCAUGGAGCAGUGUGUGAUAUACCCAAAAAGUCUCUCUCGUGAAGCUGUCUCUAUCUGCAAGGGACUCCUGACGAAGCACCCGGCCAAGCGUCUGGGUGGAGGAGAGGAAGCAGAGACAGAAAUCAAGGAGCAUCCGUUCUUCCGCUGGCUUGACUGGGAACGUCUGGAGAGACUGGAGAUCCAGGCGCCCUUCAAACCCAGAACUGGUGGGAAAAAAGGUGAAAACUUCGACAAGUUCUUCACAGCAGCUCCGUCAGCGCUCACUCCCUCUGACCCCGAUAUACUAGCAGCCAUCAACCAGGAGGACUUCGAGGGCUUCACCUUCCAAAACCCAGACUUUGCCCCGUCGCCACUCACAGCGGUUUGA